UUUCGAUGCGUAGAAUCAGUUUAAACUGCGAGUCUUCAAUCAUAACCGGCGCAUGCGCUCGCAUAACCUGCGAUGUAGCAGUGUAGCAGCAAGUCGGUGACGUGAGCUGAAAAUGUUUCGUUCCGUUACACUUAGUGUCCCUCAGGGACUGGUGUCCCUGGUACGUAAUAAUGUUGCGGCAUCAGGACCUGCCGCUGCUACAUUGAAGGUUCAGUCUAAACAGAUGGCCACGGAAUCGUCUGUGCAAGAAGCAAAGACUCCAUUGCCAGGAAAACCCAAAGUCGAGCCGUACAGUCCUUUUCAGGGGACUGAUAACACAGCGGAAUAUGCCUUGGCCAGAGUAGACGACAUACUAAACUGGGGACGUAAGGGAUCAUUGUGGCCAAUGACAUUUGGUUUAGCCUGCUGUGCCGUGGAGAUGAUGCACAUUGCAGCGCCUAGAUAUGACAUGGACAGAUUUGGUGUGGUAUUCCGCGCCUCGCCUCGACAGUCAGACGUUAUUAUAGUCGCUGGUACUCUAACGAAUAAAAUGGCACCUGCCCUGAGAAAGAUCUACGAUCAGAUGCCUGAGCCCCGAUGGGUUAUCUCCAUGGGAAGUUGCGCGAAUGGAGGCGGAUAUUAUCAUUAUAGUUACUCUGUGGUUAGGGGUUGCGACAGAAUAAUACCCGUGGACAUUUACGUACCUGGUUGUCCCCCCACAGCUGAAGCAUUACUAUACGGUAUCCUUCAGUUGCAGAAAAAGAUAAAACGUAUGCAAACCUCACAAGUUUGGUACAGAAAGUAAUGUACCUAACAAACAUAGUAAUAAAUGUAUAAAUUAUUUAAAAGUUGUAAAAUAACUGAUGUAUAAUUAAGCAAUAGAGAAGUUUUAUGUUAUUCAAAAAUGUGAUUGGCAAAAUAAAUCACAAUUUCAAUAAAAAUAAAUUUUUUUUAUUACCAUA